GGGAAUAUUUUAUCGCGGAUGAAAGUAGAAUUCAUACGGGCACUUGCUUGAUAACAAAGAGCUGUGGACAUUUUCGCAGAGAAAUAUUGGCAAAGUUGGCAGAUACCAAGUGAUGAAAUUACCUGUUGAUGCAAUUGGACCAAAAACAAACAUGAGUACAACAACAGCAACACAAAGCAGAUCUGAAGUGGACUUCUCAGAAUAUGUAUGGAUGGGUGAAGAGCUUGAAGAGUUUGAUAGAAAGUGUGAAGAAGAAUUUUGGGAAGAGCAAUUCAUAGAGUGUUGUUUCGAAGAGAUGAUUGCAGAAGAAGAAAAUCGUCUCCUGGAGAAAAACAAUGAACAAGCUCAGGAAGAGCAACAAUUAGCAGAGAAUGUACAGGCUCUGAAUUUGGAUAAGCCAGAGCUACCAGUCAUUACUUUCCAGAGCCUGUUGAAUCCAAAUGCUCCAGUGUUUAUCCCCAGAAGUAUGUCCACAGAUAGAUAGGGGCUGGAACAUAGAGAAGCCAGAUGUGAUAGUGUACAUGGCACCAAGCUUGCACUGAAAAAAAAAAAGACUUAAAAGAGAUGUCAAAAUGCCAUAAAAAUAACAAAAAUCCCAAAACUGUUUCUGAAAAAAAGUAUUUUGAUAUUUGUGGGAAGCUCAAGGCUGAGAGCAAGAAAGAGGAUUUGAGCAUUGUUCUUGUGUUUUAUGAUUCAACCACUCUCCUUUGAAUAGGAUCAAGGAUCGGUCCUCAUGACAGUAGAAACCAAAAGAUUUGUAAAGAUAUCUUCGUGAUUUCACGAUUUUUCAUCUCUGUGCAGUCUGAAACAUUGUUACUGCCAGUCAGGGAGUACCAAUUUUAGUUUUGAAUCAUAUCAGCUUUGGAGUGGAUUAUACUUUGAAAGGCCAAUGCAACCAAAGCCAGUGUAUAUUUUUUAAGAGCCAAUUUUAUGUGCUCCUGUUGUGACAAAGUAGGGUGGUUUUGAUAAUGCUCCUUUUGUGUUAUGUGUACAAAAUAUAGUCUAAUUCAAAAAAGAAAUGGGAAAAGGAGAGUAGAUCUGGGGUAUUUGAUGACAGAAUUUGCAUCUUCGGUUCAUGCUUGAAUAGAAUAUUUAUAUAUAAUGGACAUUUAAGACAAUGGUAUCAUAUUGGUCAAUGAAAAACAUCUUGUUAAUAUGAUGUACUUUUUUGUUCCCAUGGCGUGGCCAACCAAAUGAAAAGUAGUAGAUGUAAUGAAUAGCAAGUCUGUUGUUGUACAGCCAUACGGAACUCACAUCAGCAUCAGUAAAUUGUGAAAUUUUAAUUCCUUUGUACCUCUUAUUCCAAUUUGGUUAUGCAGGACCCAGCACAUCCAGCUGGUCAAAGUUCUUUAAGCAAAAAUUUGAGUUUGAUUUUUAUCAAUUUUAAUGUCAAAUGACACAGUUCUGUGGCUGUACAACAGCAUUGAUGAAACUAGCACAAGUGUAUUCUAGACAGUAAAAGUACAUCAAGCAGCACUUCAGUGUACUGAUUACAAAGGUUGACAUAGUUUCCUCGUACUUGAAAUGGAAGGUUAAUUAUAAAAUGUUACCUCACUAUGAAGCGAGUCCAAAAUUGGGACCAUUACUUUGCUUUAUUGAAAAGAAUACAUUUGAACGUAUAUUGUACUUGUCAUGAUACCCGAAGUGACAACUCAGUGUGUCUUAGUCACUUGUCAUGAAGUGGAGCUUAAAGAGCUUGGCUUUAAAGACUGGUUCUAUUUAAGAACACUUUUACAGUGAGCAAGUGUUGAAGUAUUUUUCUAUAUUUUUAAAAUGUGUCUAGCGGUUUUUGCUCUGACACAAAAAAAAUGAUAUUCAUUGUUUUGUAUGUUGAUUACUGUAUAUCGAAUAUUAUUCCAAACUAUGGUGAUAAGUUACUGCCUUUUUUUUCUGAGUUUUAAAGAUAUCGUUAUCCUUUAUAUUAGCCAAUAAGAAAUGUAAAGAAAUAUUGAAUUGGCAAGGUAUCAAACGAGAAGCAAGCGUUUGAUGAUUGUGAAUUUGAUAUGUCCAGUUAAUGAGAGUAGCAAGUAAAAUUGAAAAAUGUAAGUUUGGUGCAAAUACUUGUAGAAUUUUGAGUUUGAAAGGGAGCUUCAAAUGUCAAUUUUUUAAUUUGACCUUAUUAAAUAUGGUCAUUCUGCCCUUCAAUAAAAUUGUUUUAAAAUGUCA